AAAAAUGUAAUUAAUGUGGGAAAUGUGUAAUUGUUUUUAUGCUAUUGUGAACACAGACGCGUCGAUAUUUCAGUAAAACGUAACAUAUUUCCAUUUACUUCCUUGUUUAGACGCCGGACUAGUCACGUGAGAGUGAACCACUGCCCACUCGCUUUAAAUAUGGCUGAUGUCGCUUGAUGCUGGAUUGAUGUUGAGUUUGCAUUAUCACCACGGACUACAUUUUCGGAUAAGGUAGUUUUAUUUUUCACGACUGGACGGCAAACAUUAUUGAUGGGUUCAUAAUGUCUUCCAUUCCUUGGAUUUUUGAAAAGGUCAGAGUCAUUGAAGCCAAUUCUUAACACUAGCUGAAUGUUACGUGUGGACAACCUUACUGACGUUAAUUGCUCGUGUGACAGUAUGUAGCUAGCUGGCUAGUUACUGAGUGAAUACUUAAAAGACAUGUCUUGGCAUUCAAAUGCAACGGACAUGUCAGUAUUUACGAAUCCAAUCUUAGCCCUUAGUCAUCUAUAUCCUUAUUUUAAUUAAUAAUGCAACGUGACCGUCGCCCGACUGCUGUGUUGGUGUACACUAUAGCAUAUACACCGAAGGAGCUGUAGACGUGCAAUUCUCCUAAUGUCGUUCCGCACACUGAGAAAACAUGAUCGGCUCACCAGACGUGGUGGCUUUUACCAAAGAAGAUGACUUUGGAGAGCUCUUUCCGGAUCCGUGCGUGCUCCCGGAGGAGUUUUCUGUGCCUUUGUUCACCCAUGCUGCGAAUCCGUGGACGAAGACCGCCUAUGCUAAAUUUUCCAAGGACUUCAUCCUCAUAUCCGAGUUCUCUGAACAGGUUGGUCCACAACCUCUCCUCACCAUUCCUGAUGACUCAAAAGUAUGUGGAACAUUCGACCUCAAUUAUUUCUCACUGCGCAUCAUGUCCGUGGACUACCAAGCCUCAUUUGUUGGGCACCCUCCUGGGUCCAGCUACCCAAAGCUCAAUUUUGUGGAGGACUCUAAAGUGGUUCUGGGUGAUUCAAAGGAGGGUGCCUUUGCCUAUGUCCAUCAUCUGACCCUGUAUGAUCUGGAAGCACGAGGCUUUGUCAGGCCAUUCUGCAUAGCCUAUAUCUCCGCAGACGAGAGAAAGAUUAUGCAGCAGUUUCAGAAGCUCUCCUCUGAGUUUUCCAAAGCCUCAGAGUGUUUGAAAAGUGGGAACCGAAAAGCUUUUGCGAACGAGCUGCUGAAGAAACUGAAAGAUCUGGAGUACACCCGGUCAGUGCUACACAAAGAGAGUGAGCUGCAGAAGAUGAACAACGGCUGUUAUUCCACACAGGCAAUUGAGAAGGCAAAUGAAUUGGCAAAUAUGGAGAAGUCCAUAUAUGAACACAAAGACCUGUUGAGGCAGAUCACUUCCUACCCCAGCAGAAAGAGGAAAGACCCUGAAUGUGUUGCGUAUGAGCCAGAGAAACCCACCGACAUGACCGAUGUAAACCUUGCACUCUCCUCCACUCCUUCUGAACUUGAGGACAAGACAGUAUCAGGGGACGAGGCCAACGAUAGACUCUCCUACACUCCUCAGCUCAUCAAGGCUAGAUCUGCUAAAUGUUUUGACAAGCGACUAAAAACGCUAGAGGAGCUUUGCGAAACAACUUUUUUCCAACAUACCAUGGAGCAACUGAAAUUCAUUGAAAGGUCUUUCAGAGGGGAUCUGUGCUACAUGUACACCAGCCAGAUAGACAGGGCUCUCGUUAGGCGGCAGCAAAUAACAAAUUUUCUCUUUGAGGAGGAGGAGGACUGGCAAGAAGACGGACUCACGAAGCGGUUUGAAGCAGCUGGUCCCCCUGCAGUGAAUCAACCACCCUCAGCGUCCGACAUGUUGGCAGAACCGAUGAGUCUGGAAUCGUAUUCGUCCUGCGUGGACACCAUUCAAAUAAAACCAGAGCCUGAAUUUGUAGAGGGCCCCCCGGAGUCCAGCCCUUCUGAUUUCACUCAGGAAACCUCUGAGGAAGCUGCUGACACAGAAACAAAAGGGAGCUUCAGUAGUGACCGAAGCAUAGAGCCUGUAAGCCCAGGCAACCUACAGAUGCAAUAUCAAGAUACUGAAGUAGUGGGGAUGAGCUCUAGCAGUGAAGAAUGUACUACCCUAGCCGACAAUGCAUUUUUGGACCAGUGCGAAGCCGACCCUUCCAGUGCAUUAUAUGAAACCCCCUCUGUUCAGACCGGGACAGACAGAGCUGUACAUACAUUUCCUUUAUUGGAAAAUGACUUGGACAUGAAUGCUACUGAUGUGUACCAAACUGGGAGUGUUCAAGUGGACACAGCUUGCUGUAUGGGGCAGGAGGGCUUCAUCCAUGAAGAGCCUUUGCCCAAGCCGCUCCGGGGCGGCUGUGGGGACAUGGUGGUGAAACAGGAACCUCUGUCUUUGCUUCAGAGGGACCCUUCACUCCAGGGGGACUAUGUUUUAGGUGAGCCUGCCUUGGAAAGCCCUUCCACAGCCCUGUCUCUCCCUGAGCUUAACUCGAACACGCUCUCUGAGGAGAUGGCCAGGAUUAAUGUGGAGGACGCCUCUGACACUACCAGCUACAUGAGCACCUCCACCAGUUCUGACAGGGCACCGUCACCAUUCUGCCACGGGAACCCGGUCACCCUGAAACAGAAGAAGAGGGCAGGACAAAGUGCUCUGCGAUUCAUCCGGCAAUACCCCUUUGCACAGCAAGCCAUAUUCUGCCUCCUGACCGGACGCACUCUCGUGGUGCUGGGAGCUGAGGAAGGCACGGUGAGAAAGCUGGUGAACGCUUUGUCUAUUUUUGUGCCCAACCUUGGGAAAUACGGAGAAACUGUACAGCCAUGGCUCUCGACACCCUUUCAACUGACUGACCUACAAAGAUGGAAGCUCAUCGGCCUUCAGAGGAUGGCCUCACCCACGGAGUCCAGCAUUCUCCACUCUCUCAUCCGCUACAGCCGCUACAUAGGUAUCCUUGACGCGGACAACAAAACGAUGAGGUGCCCUCCGUACAAAGGCGCUCUACUCGGCCAUAUGGCAGACCACAGGACUCAGAUCAAGAGGGGAAGCACUUACUUCCUCCACGUCCAGAGCAUGCUGACCCAGCUCACCGCCAAGGCAUUUCUUUUCACCUUCUGCCAUCAUUUUCACCUUCCCCUCAGCUCUGCUGAGGACGAAGAGUCCGUGGUGACGCACAGGACUAGCUUUUUGCAUCAUUUGGGCUACACUGAGGAAGAGAGCAAAAUCGUGCACUUCCUCAGUGAGCUCAUCAAACAGCAUUACAUUCAGGGGCCUUCCAAGGGAACCAGCCAAUCAGUCUUACGUUUUAAUUACACCACCAGCUAUUUGUACAAAAUCUAAUUCUGAAUGUGUCCUCUUGCUGGAUUGAGAUGCUUGUGUUUUUAUCCCCCAUCUGUUGAAAUCGGGAGACCAAGCAAUUGUCAACGUGAUUUAUUUCAUCUGCGUCCCAUUUUAAGAUGGUUAUCUUUACAGGCAUUCCAGCAGAAAUAAGGCUGCUUAAACCAGUCACUCACUGUUGCGAUUUUGAGGAUCUCUUCAAUGUUGUCAUAAGUGUGUUAUUUGCAGACAGGUUGGUUCACACUAAUGCUUUUAAUGUGUUUGGCUUUCUGAGGGUUAUGCAGUGAAGGCGAUACAAUUCUGUGCUUCAGAUGCGACAGUUGAUGUUUCACUGCACUCAGCGGGCGAAGUGACUGGCCCAGCAUAUUGCACUCACUUGUAUUGAAAGCACAAGUGGAUAAAGUCGUUUUUUUCACUCUGGAUUAAGAGUGUAAUCAGUGGAAUUUACUUCUUGACUGACUGACAUUGACUUCCUGUGCCAGUGAGAGGGACAAGGGUAAUCUAAUGGUAUGAUGAUCUUGGCAAGCCUUUUAGAGAGGAAAUGAAGUAUGUUUUUGGAGUUAACCAUGUUGACAACUGUCUGAAUCAGCAUAAGCUUUUGCCUUUUUCAACUACUCCUGACUGCUGUAAUGAAUAUUUUAUCUUGCUAAAUUUAAAGGUUAUGUUUUUUACAGCUUUUUCUUUUGAAUGACCAUUAAGUGAAUUUAUGCAGAGCAAUGUUUUACAAAUCACUAUACUUAAGGGAGUGAAACUCCAUUCAUCAGCCUAAGAUAUUAUUACAGUUGGCCUUAAUUCUUCAUACAGAUAGACGGUAUAUGUCAUCAUCGGUAUAUGCAGAUCCAUUAAUAUUUUAUUUUAAAAACAAAUAGUUUUUACUACCCAAAAAAUAACCCUUUAGUCAUUAUAGCUGUAGAAUUUGCAAGCCUUUGAGUUUUCUUCCCUACAUUAUUUUAUCCAUCACGUCUCAUUUUGAAUCAGUACAAAACAAUGCAGUACAACCAGAUAUGAUGUUGAAUCAUAAGACACAUUUACUGAGAUUUACUGAGACACUGAUCAUUACGAUCUCCAUAGGUCUGUACAACCAUUCCAAGGCACUGUGACAUCACUUUCUGCUUUUUGAUAGGAUUGGAUUAGUGACAAAAAGCAAAGGAGGCAGAUAGACCCUCCUAUCUCAGUGAACCUAUCAGCCUCUCCUAAAGCCUGCUGGGGCUUUAAGCAAACAAAAUAGGUUGAGUAACCAAUUUGCCCUCUGUAACGUAAUCAGGAUACAAGGAACAGGAAUGUUAUGCAUGAAGACAAAAACACAUGAAUAUUGGAUAUCUGUUACACAAAAUGUUGCAUGUUUUGGGAAGUAACUUUUUAAUGAAAGAAGUACAUUCUCUGUACCUUACUGUUGUGAAUAUUCAUCAAAUCUAGCAACUGCUAUUGAAUUUGAUAUACACUGUUGUCCAAGAAUUGUGUGUAAGUGAUGUCGGCAUGAGUACCCAUAUGGACUAAUUGGUACAUCAUUAUGCUGGAUGUUUUGAGAUGAAGAUAUUUCGUGAGGUAUUCAAUUUAGUUGUGGCCAGAAUUCAUGGCAUUGUAUGUAAAUGUUUGCAUUGGUAAUGUUUCAACCAUACCAUGGCUGAUUUCGUUUUUGGGUUUGUUUUGACAUAAAUAUUACUGUGCUUGUAUAAUCCCAAAUCAACUCAACAAAUUUCACUAAGUGUUAAAAAGCAAGCAUGUUUCUUAUUGUUUUGCUGCCAUUUGAUCUUGACCUUUUCCCUUAAAUCCUUCCAUUCUUCAUGCUGUUGCCUUGUAUCCAAGUUGAUGUUGGAAAAUAUUGUGACUUUGAUUUGGAAAUACUUGUGAAAUGUGAGCCUUGUAUUUGUCCAGUGCUGGUUAAAUAGUUACUAAUUUUGUCCCGGUCCACAGAUGUCUAUUCCACUGUGAAAGAAUCAAUACUAUUUACCAACUUUUCAUUAAAAACAACCCGAUUUCCUGUGCUCAGGCAGUGAUUUGUUAGGUAUUGUCUGUUAAUGCUGUUUAUUCACAAAAUGAAAACUUGCAAUAUAAAGAUAAUGAAAGUUAUAACACAA